AUGAAGUGAUUUUAAAUAUUGAGAUUUAUUCGCUUUCAUAAAAAAAAAAAGUGAUCAACGUUUGCAAAGUGAUAAAUUUGCUUUGAUAUCAUCUGUAUGGGAUAAGUUUCUUCAAAAUAGCCAAAAUUGCUGCAAACUAGGUGUAAAUAUUACCAUUGACAAACAAGCUCUUUCCAUCAAAAGCCAGAUGACAGAUUUAUUCAAUAUUUACCGAAUAUUUGCCUUUUGUAAGAAAUUCGUGUUAACACUUCCUUCCUGCCAGGUAUCAAGUGCCCUCGAGAUGCACGCGAAACAUUUCCACAAUGUCCUUUUCCCAUUUCGCGCAAUUAUAGCCCGAAACCAGCCAGUCCAACGAUCGACUCACUGUCCGAUAUCGAUCGGUCUAACCGCCCACUCAUACACGGUGUGCCAUUAUCAUUUGGCAAGCAUCGAGCCAAAAGAGGGGGGAUCGGAUGUCGCGAUAAUUAAAAGGAGAGUUAAAGCGCGCCGUAGG